UAUAACACAGAACUGUAGUUGCAGAAGCUUCAAUAAGUAAGUAUCAAUGGCUUCCGAAGAAUCCCAGAACAAGCCCCCCAGCGAGCAGUCCACUACCGAACUCAUCACGAGCGCGAAGCUGGUGGCGGAGGCGGCGCAGUCGGCUCUGAAGAGCGACAGCGACAAAGUGGACAAGGCCAAGGUGGCUGACGCUGCCGGCGAUCUUCUCGACGCGGCGGGGAAGUAUGGAAAACUUGAUGACAAACAAGGCAUAGGGCAAUAUGUUGACAAGGCUGCUGAUUAUCUGCAUAAUUACCAGGGUGAUAAUACCACUGCUCCUUCACAGCCUGCAGAGUCUAAAGGUGAAGAAAGUGGUGGUGGGUUAGGUGGUCUUGCAAACUUGGCUGGAGGCUUCUUCAAAAAGUAGUUACAAAGCAACUAAAUAAGACCUUAAUUGAGUCCUUAUUCUCGGUCUAGUAGUGGGGUUUGGGUAAUAUGCACCAGAUCAUAGAUUUAAAUCUUGUUAUUGUAAAAAAAGAAAAUGGAAAAAAAAAAGUCUUGAAUUUCUCACUUCUAGUUCUAGUAUUGUUGUUGUUGUUGUUAUAUGAUGUAUGGUUGAAUAAAUGUGAUUUGGUGUUUGUACUUUGUAGAGUUAAUUAGUGACUUCUGUGUCUGUUCUCUUAAUUCUAAUUCCAAACAAGAGUACUUCCGGCCGGCUUCUUUUUAGCUAA